AUGGAAAAUGACGCUAGAUCAGGAGAACCUACCGACGUUGUCUUUGGUAUGGAGAAGAGGAUGCAUUACCUCCAAGUUCAGUACAGCACUUACAAGAACACCCUGCAGCAAAUUGCGCAGAAAAUCGGUGAUGUCGAGCAAGAAGCUGAAGAACACAAACUUGUUCUCGACACUUUGCAACCACUUCCAGAGGAUCGCAAGUGCUUUCGCAUGAUCAACGGAGUGCUGGUGGAACGGACCGUCAAGGAUGUGAUCCCUGCGCUGCAAACAAACGCGGAGGGGUUGAAGAAGGUAUUGGACGACUUGGUCAAGCAGUACAAGACCAAACAAGAUGAGCUGGAGAAGUGGAAGAAAAAGAACAACGUCCAAGUGGUACAGUCAUGAGUCACUCAAGUGAUGAGGUAAAGGACUACCGUGUAGUCGUAUAAACACCAGGAACCUGCCAUGUCAUCAGGAGUCCUCGAAGGAUGAAGGGCUUGACGACACGGCACGCAAUGGCAAGCUUCUGAAGUCGCCCCUCUGGCA